AUGGAUAACAGUAACGGAGCGGUCGACUCGCUCCUAGCUCGUGUGAAUUUGCUGCCAAGUUCGCACAGUUUCGAGGAUCCAGACGACUAUCAAUUCACGUCGACGAAUUUGAAGAAAGAAGAAGAGGAGGAUGAAGUUCAAUUCAUAGAAGAAGUUCCCCAACAAGUGGCCAGGGAAGAGGUGCAUCCGGCGUUGGACAUGUUCAUUGGGCAGAGUUUAGCCGGCACCUCCAUGGAGGGCGCGCGUUCGGUGAGAUUUUUGUGGAUUCAAAGAAUUUUUUAUUUUUUUUGGUCUAUGAAAAAACUUGGAGCAAAGUUUUUUUCUUGAUCACAUACUGCUUCUAAUCUUUGGCCAAAACAUUUUUAAUUAGAAAUUCGAGAAACUCUCAGAGCUGGACCUCCCGUAAAGUUCUCGGAAUAUCCCGGGUCUCUCUUCAAAGCAUGAGCAGAAACUUUUUGAGAUUUCUAUGUGGCCUAUGAGGAAAUUAAGCUCAGAAUUUGAAGAAAGUCUCAGCGUCGAGCCUUGGGAACUCCUAAUUCCAAAUUUGGUGUCAAAAAGUAUCAAUAUUACCUAAAAAAGACUGCAGGACUUAAAAGAACGAUUUUUUAUACCUUUUCAAAAAUGCCUUCUGACAAACAUCCUCUCGAUUCGAAUCCAACAACAAUUCUUUUUAUACCUCGGUCAGACUUUGGAUAUCAAAAAUUUGGGUAAGAAAUGAUUAAGGUCCGCAGCAUAGAUGUUUUUUUUUGAAUUUUUACUGCAUUAUCUUCCAAGGCCAGAGAUAUGGGAGGUGAUUUAUAAAUUUUGUUGUUCAAUCCAGCCAAAAAACGUCAAUUCAGUCCAAUGUUGACUCUGGACUAAACUCCGGCGGAUGUUGCCCAUAGUUUCCGCUGAAUUCGGCUUUUUUGAGUGAAAUUUUAUGCUUUCUUGGACGUAAUCCGCCGAAAUUUAGUCCAAUCUUGAUUUUGGACCAAAUUUGCUGCUUUUGACUGGAAUGAAAAACAAGAUUUAUAUGUCACCUUCUAUAUAUACGCCCUGUGAAGAAAAUGCAGUAAAAAUUCAAAAAAACAUCUAUGCUGCAGACCUUGAUCACUUCAAACCCAAAUUUGGUAUCAAAAAUUCUCACAGAGGCGUAAAAAGAAUUGCUGUUGGAUUCGAAUCAAGAGGAGUUUUGUCAGAAGGCAAUUUUGAAAAGGUAUAAAAAAUCGUUCUUUUCAAGUCCUGCAGUCUUUUUUAUGUCCUAUUGAUACUUCUUGAUACCAAAUUUGGAAUUAGAAGUUCCCAAGGCUCGACGCUGAGAUUUUCUUCAAGUUCUGAGAUUCUGAGCUUAAUUUCCGCCUAGACCACAUAGAAAUCACAUAAAGUUUCUGCUCAUACUUUGCAGAGAUACCCGGGAUAUUCCGAGAUUUUUACAGGAAGUCGAGAGCUCGGAGAAUUUCUCUAAUUUCUCAUUAAAAAUGUUUUGGAAUUUUGUUUGAAAUUUUCUCGAAGUCCAAUCACGAUUUUUCAGCCCUCAAAAACCCGAGCUCUAACGGAUAUCGUCUGUGAUAUGGUGCUGCCGCACGCCAAACGACUUUGCAAUCGGACGGUGAAUAACAAGUACAAGGGACAGUUCUACGACCAGUUAGUCGCCGAGAUUGAGGAAAAAUACCCCCACUUUGCCAAAGACGGACUUCGGCAACGAGUGCAGGGCCUCUGGAAUGUGACCCGAUAUGCGACUAUGAAACGGUUCAAAGCCGGACACAAGCUGAAUAAGGUCAGUUUUUAGAUGACCUUAUUGCUAGUUGAAGCUCUUGGGGUGGAACUGGGACGAUUGGGAAAAGGAACGAUUGGGGAAACGGACGGUUGGCGAAGCCGAAAAGUAUAAUUUUUCUUCGAUGCAAGUGUCGAAUUUAGGAUAAUCGAGGGUGCUGAUUUUGAAAAUGUAAUUCAUUUUUUUUGAUAGUAACUUUUUUUCUUAAGUAGUACUGUAAAGUAGUAAUUUGAUUUUUUCUUCACGAAUACUCGAUUUGGGGGUUUCGAUGGUGCUGCAAAAUCUUAUUCAUAAUCAGAAAAAAUGAAUAAGAUUUUCGACAUCAGCACCAUCGAAAAUCCCGAAACCGAGUAUUUCUGAAAAAAUUUUAAGAAAUUACUACUUUACAGUACUACUUAAGGAAAAAAGUUACUAUCAAAAAAAUGAAUGUCAUUUUUAAAAUACGCACCCUCGAUUAUCCUAAUUUCGACACUUGCAUCGAAAAAAAUAAAACUUUUUGGUUUCCCCAAUCCAGGGUCGAAGCUGACCGAAAAUUCUUCCCUGAAAAGCAAUCAAAAAUCGAUCUGAAUGCUUUAUUUUCAAUAAAUUUUCAUUUAUUUUCAAUUUUCAGCGUGACAAACAAAUCCUUACCGCCCUUGGAAUGGACCCUUCUAAGCCCUACAAGUCUUCGGCCAAGUCCAUUCCUCCUUCACUGGCCAAACUGGUUUGUCAAGAAGCGGCCCCAUUCGUCGAGGACUUGAGAAAGGAGAAAACCGGAGUGUGGGAACGAAUUGAGAGAGAAUUGUUGGCCAAGAACCCCGAGCUCAGAUCAGUGAAGAAUUUGAAAAGCAAAAGUCAAAAUUGUUUUCGGAGGAUCCAAAAAACUGCCGUCCAAAAGCAGGCCAGAGGGCAGGCAUUGACUCCGGUAAGUCGCAAAUUGUUUUUUUUUUGAAUUGCGCUGUGCGAAGAAAAGAGUUUUUUUUUUUUAUUUUUUGCACCGUGCAGUAUGGAUUUGGGCGAAUUUGCUGUCAGCACAGUGCUGCCGGAAUUAUUUUUUAUUUUGAAACCGCAGUGAAAUCAAAAUCUUCAUUUAUUUUCUCUCCGCACAGUGCAAAAAAAAUUUUUUUUUACUGCACGGUGCAAUCAAAAUUUUGGCUUAAUUUUCCUUCCGCACAGUGCAGUAAGAAUUUAGAUUUUUUACAUCGCACUGUGCAAUCAAGAUUUUAAUGUAACUUUCCCUCCGCACAGUGCAGAAAAAAAUUUGUUUUUACUGCACGGUGCAAUCAAAAUUUUGGCUUAAUUUUCCUUCCGCACAGUGCAGUAAGAAUUUAGAUUUUUUACAUCGCACUGUGCAAUCAAAAUUUUGGCCUAAUUUUCUUUCCGCACGGUGCAAAAACUCUUUUUGAACUGCACAGUGCAAUCGAAACUUUAAUUUAUUUUCCUUCCGCACAGUGCAGUGAGAAUUUUGAUUUUUUCCAUCGCACUGUGCAAUCAAGAUUUUAACCUAAUUACCUAAUUUUCCUUCCGCAUGGUCCAAAAAACUUUUUUUUGUACUGCACAGUGCAAUCAAAGUUUUGGCCUGAUUAUCUGUCCGCACAGUGCGGUGAGAAUUAUAAUUUUUUUUCAUCGCACAGUGCAAUCAAAAUUUUCAUUUAUUUUUCUUUCCGCACAGUGCAAAAAAGCAUUUUUUAUCGCACUGUGCAGUCAGAUUUUUAACCUAAUUUUCCUUCCGCACAGUGCGGUGAGAAUUUUGAUUUUUUACAUUGCACAGUGCAAUCAAAAUAUUUAUUUAUUUUUCUUUCGCACAGUGCAAAAAAACAUUUUUUAUCGCACUGUGCAGUCAGAUUUUUAGCCUAAUUUUCCGUCCGCACAGUGCAUCUACAUUUUUUGCCAAUCUAAAACCGCGGCUUUUCAGAACGAAAACAUCGCAAUUCGAUCACUGAGUGAGAGAGAAAUGGCCUCCAUAGCUGGAAAUUCAAAUCAAGACAUGGAAAUGGAGAGUGAUGAGUUCGACGAGUCGGAUGUGGAAGAGGAACAGAGCAACGUUGAUUCUAAUGCAGAAAACGUCGAUCAUUCCGAGGUUCCUCAAGUCACUGGGGAUACUACGGAUCCCGUUGCCGAAAUAAUGGAUUUGAUUUCGCAGAAGGAACCGACCUCGAAAAAUUCUGUAAGCGAGAGAUUUUUUCGAUUUAAAAUUGGAAUUUAAUUGGCCAGAGACUUCUUUACCUACUUGACCGGUCUUGUUGGCCAAUUUUUACCGGUCGUUUUCAUAAUUUUUUUAAAAAAAAAUUUGACCAAAAAUUUUCUAUUUUUAGCCGAUUUCCCAAGCCGAAAUUGAUGAACUUGUCUGCCACGCCAUCGGACGACACCCCGAACUAUUCGAAUGCCAACGAAACAAGGAUAAUUCGGCAUCCAACAAGGUGUGGAACAAAAUUAAAGCCGAUCUGUGGCAUCAUCCCCACUUUCGGGAGAGACCCGACCAGCUGAAGAAGAUCUCGUGUGUGUGGACCAAGUGCAAGGAGCGCGCGUUGUAUCGGCGAUGGUCGGGCAAACUGGAGGAGGUGCGAAUUUUUAGGUUGUAAAUUAGAAAGAAAAAUAAAAAAAAAUAGUCGGAAAAUCAAAAAUUUUGGAGGAAAACUUUCUGAUCAACCCAAAAAUGUCGACCAAGACUAGUAAAUUCGAAAAGAAUUUUCUACUUGGAUUUCCCGGAGAUUUAGCCUGCAAUUUGCAGAAAUCGCCAAUAUUUUUUUGGGCCGUAAAUUUGACAAAAAGGUCGAAAGAGCGAUUUUUUCUCGAUUUCCCACCUACAGUGGCGGACUUGAUCCAGUGGCAAAAAAAUGUUCCAUUUUGCAUCCGGGAAGUAUCAAAAAAUAUGGCAAAAUGCCUCCCUCUCCAAGUGAAAAACUCAGAUUUCAAGACGUCGCAAGCUUUUCCUCACAAGAAGAGCUGUCGCUAUUUUGAAAUUGGAGUUUUUUUCACUUGGAGAGGGAGGUAUUUUGCUGCGUUUUUGGUAAUUUCCAGAUGCGAAAUGACACGUUUUUUUUGCCGCUGGAUCAGGUCCGCCACUGUAGGUGGGAAAUUGAGAAAAAAUUCGCUCUUUCGGCCUGUUCGUCAAGCCAAAAAAAAUAUUGGCGAUUUUGCAAGUUGCGGGCUACAGUGGGAGACCUGAUGCAGUGGCAAAAAACGUACCAUUUUGCAUCCUGGAAGUAUCAAAGAUGUGGCAAAAUACCUCCGUCUCCAAGUGAAAAAACUCGGAUGUCAAAAGCGUGCUGCUCAUUUUAAGGGCCCUUCAAAACGAAGUUUUUACACUUGGAGAGGGAAGCAUUUUGCCACAUUUUUUGAUACUUCUCGGAUGCAAAAUGGCAUGUUUUUUGUCACUGGAUCAGGUCCGCCACUGUAAAUUUCAGGGAAAUCCAAGUAGAAAAUUCUUUUCGAAAGUUUUUACCAAUUUUGAUCGAAUUUUCUGCGUUGAUAAAAGAACUUUCCUCCUCCAAAAAUUUUGAUCUUCCGAACGUUUCAAAUUUUGCUUUUUUUCAGUUAGAUUAUUUUGUUCUGGACAUGAUCUCCAAGAACCCCACCGACGGUGUCGCCAAGAGAUUGCAAACCCCACCGGGUAGAUAUUGUCCUGCCCCUCCGACAACGUCUUCGUCGACCCCUCGAAAAGUCAGGAAAACGAAUAAACACCCCCCAGGCACCGUUUCAGCCUUUCUGACGGAUUAUCGAGCCGCAAGUGCUUCGCGAAACUCUGGCUUUCCAUCAACUCAAAAAACUGUAGCCCAAAUCCCGCCGGCCAAAAGACCGAUCUCAACGGGCGCUACAGCGCACAUUUCAACGUCUUCGGCGGAUCUUGUGGGAAAUCUGGUUGGACUGAUUAACACGUCCGAAAAUCGUCCAAAUAAUGGCCUCAACACUUCUUCAAAUGUUAAUGACAAAGUGUUGCCCCCAGAAUCUCUGAACUCUCCGUCUUCGUCCAACAGAAUGGAGGGAUCGGGCGUUGAAAAGCCUUCAACUCCGUCGACGAAUCCGAGUGGGUCCAGAGAAACUAGUGCUCAUGUAAGUUACGGUGAAUUUGAAACCUUUAUCGGCGUUCUUAUAGUUCAGAAAUUUGCUUUUUGAAAUGCUUGGCCAAAAUUUUAUGCACAGUGCGGAUUGAAAAAUAGGCCAAAAUUUUGAUUGCACAGUGUGGAACGAAAAAUAGGCCAAAAUUUUGAUUGCACAGUGCGGAAUGAAAAAUAAGCUAAAAUUUGACUGCACAGUGCGGAAUGAAAAAUAGGCCAAAUUUUUGACUGCACUGUGCGGAAUGAAAAAUAGGCCAAAAUUUUGAUUGCACAGUGCGGAACGAAAACUAGGCCAAAAUUUUGGUUGCACAGUGCAGAAUGAAAAAUAAGCUAAAAAUUUGACUGCACUGUGCGGAAUGAAAAAUAGACUAAAAUUUCGAUUGCACAGUGCGGAAUGAAAAAUAAUCCGGCAAAAAAUUUAGCACAACUUUUAGCCCCUAAAUUUCUGUUCUUUCAGCCCGAAUCCAAGACUCUUCCCCUUCCCGAAUGGCUCAAAGUGGUCGACUUCUGUAAGAGGACCAACCACAAAUUCCGCCUGGAAGCGAAUUGCAUCAUUUUCACGGACCGCGAUGCCCCCGACAAUGAGCUGAGAUUACCUCUAGACAGAGUGUCUUCUUUAUAA